AUGGGGCUGCUCUCGUUUCUUGUAACCCUUUUUAGGGCAGAGCGGCCCUGCUGGUGCAUGAAGCCUCUUCUGUCUCUGCUGCACACGGGAGAUCCACAAGACUCCUUUCUCAAACACCAGCACGUGUUUCAGGCUUUCACACAGAGCUCUCCAAAGAAAAACAGGGCUAAGCACUCACAUCCUGUUGUUCUCCUCUUCGGUGAAGGAGACUCCUGUCAUGAGCUCAACUGCACUGAGAGUGAACGGUGUGAAGAGAAACAUGGUGUUUACGGCUGUUCCUGCAAGGAAAAUCAUCACGGACUUCAGCAUGACUCUUUUGAUUUCAUUGAAACCUGUGAAAGCAGCUCUGGCUCCAUGUCUCUGUCUCGCUGUCAGCUCUUUGAGGCUGGGUUUCCUUCUGACAUUUUACACCUCAAUGACCCCAGCUGCAGAGGAACAGUCUGGAACGACAGAGUGGAGUUCUAUUUUGACAACAAUGACCACAUCUGUGGCACAAAUCUUGUGGCCAAUAGCACCCACUUAAUCUAUGAGAACUUUAUUGUGGGGGAGCCAAACUUAGUUGGGCAUCACAUCAGCAGGGAAAGAAUUCUCAAGCUUCCUUUCAGCUGUGUUUACUUACAAACCCAAAUACUCUCCACAGACAUCAAUCCUCUGGAGAAUGUGCACAUGAACCUUCCUGCUGCUCAAGGGACAUAUCAGGUCAGGAUGAUUUCAUAUCAGGAUGCUGAAUUCUCCCACCCCUUCACUGGUAGUGUGAACGCAGAGCUGAAUGAACACAUAUUUGUGGAAGUUCGUGUUGAUGGAGUUGACAGCCGUCAGUUUGCCUCAGUGAUUGACACGUGUUGGGCUACACCUGUGAAUGAUCCUCAUUACCCUCUCCGCUGGGACCUCAUCAUUGACAGGUGUCCCAAUCCAAAUGACGAUACAGUGGAGUUGCUGCAGAAUGGUGUUUCCACAUCCAGCCGUUUCUCCUUUGAGAUGUUUAUCUUCACUGCAAACUCCACCAAGGUUUACCUGCACUGCGCUAUUCACCUUUGCCUUCUGACAGACAAUCACUGCUCGGUGCACUGUGACUCUGAACACCACCAUAGAGAGGGCAGAUCUCUGGACUUCCAUAACAGUACUUCCAUAUCCCUUGGUCCGUUGAUGUGGUCUGACAGUAACAAAGUUCCACAACCCUCACAUACUCUGGUCUGGAACAAAUACACCGGUGCCACGCCAAGUGCUAGUAUCCAGGGCUCCUUGCCUGUUGUGUUCUCUGACUAUAUCACUUAUUUCUCUGAUGAGUUUCCUGAUAUUCUUCUAGAUUAUUUCCACUAA